CGGCUCUCUCAUUUAGCAUCUUCUUAUCCAAAUCCAUUUUAUUCAGCCCUUGGCAUAUUACUCAGUAUUGCAAAACGCAGAGCGGCAUAACGAGUAAGAGAAGUCGAGUGUGUUGAAGCGUGAUUUGUUAUGGCGACCAAUGCGUUGGUGAUGAAGGCGGCCAUGGCACCACACCCAUUUCACUCCAUAGCCAAACCAGAUGCGCUUGGAAGAAGAAUGCCGGCCAUCAGUGGGAGAUUGAUAGGCGGCUCUGGCAGUAUUGCAGUGAAAAGCUCAACGCAGAGGAGAAAGCAGAGGUUGUUGGUCAGAGCUGCGGCGAAGGACAUCAUGUUCGACCAGGAUUCUCGUGCAGCUAUGCAGGCUGGUAUUGAUAAACUAGCCGAUGCCGUGGGUGUUACAUUGGGGCCUCGAGGGCGGAAUGUUGUGUUGGACGAAUUUGGGAUGCCGAAGGUGGUAAAUGACGGAGUCACCAUUGCUCGCGCCAUUGAGCUUCCUAACCCCAUGGAGAAUGCAGGGGCUGCUUUAAUCCGAGAGGUUGCUAGUAAGACAAAUGACUCAGCUGGUGAUGGGACAACAACUGCUUCUAUUUUGGCACGGGCGAUCAUAAAGCUAGGACUUCUAAAUGUUACGUCUGGAGCAAACCCAGUAGCUGUCAAGAAAGGAAUUGACAAGACGGUACUGGGUCUUGUGGAGGAGCUGGAGAAGAAGGCCAGGCCUGUUAAAGGUCGAGAUGACAUCAAAGCUAUAGCAACAAUCUCUGCUGGGAACGAUGAUUUUGUUGGAACCAUGAUCGCUGAUGCAAUUGAUAAGGUUGGCCCAGAUGGGGUUUUAUCUAUUGAGUCUUCAUCCUCAUUUGAGACCACGGUUGAAGUUGAGGAAGGGAUGGAGAUUGACAGGGGUUAUAUAUCUCCCCAAUUUGUGACAAAUCCAGAAAAAUUGAUUGUAGAAUUUGAAAAUGCUCGAGUCUUGGUCACUGAUCAAAAAAUUAGCACCAUCAAGGAUAUUGUGCCUGUACUGGAAAAAACCACUCAGUUGAGAGCACCUUUACUUAUAGUAGCAGAAGAUCUUACAGGGGAGGCAUUGGCUACAUUGGUUGUCAAUAAAUUAAGAGGAGUAAUUAACGUUGCUGCUAUUAAAGCUCCUAGCUUUGGAGAGAGACGGAAGGCUGUUCUCCAAGAUAUUGCUAUUCUCACCGGUUCGGAGUUCAUAGCUGCUGAUUUGGGCAUGAAGGUCGAGGAUGCCACAGAGGAGCAGCUUGGAAUUGCAAGAAAAAUAACUAUAACUAAAGACACAACAACCAUUAUAGCUGAUGCUGCAUCCAAAGACGAAAUUCAAGCAAGAAUUGCUCAACUUAAGAAAGAAUUGGCAGAGACAGAUUCUGUCUAUGACACAGAAAAAUUAUCAGAAAGAAUUGCAAAGUUGUCUGGAGGAGUUGCUGUUAUCAAGGUUGGAGCUGCAACAGAGACCGAACUCGAAGAUAAAAAACUCAGGAUCGAGGAUGCCAAAAAUGCCACCUUUGCAGCCAUUGAGGAAGGGAUUGUUCCGGGAGGAGGAGCAGCUUAUGUUCAUUUAUCGACAUUUGUAACAGCAAUAAAACAAUCCAUGGAAGAUCCAGAGGAGAGACUUGGUGCUGAUAUUAUACAAAAGGCACUUUUGGCCCCAGCUGCAUUAAUUGCAGAUAAUGCGGGUGUUGAAGGUGAUGUUGUGGUUGAGAAACUUCUAUCAAGUGAAUGGGAGAUCGGAUAUAAUGCAAUGACGGACAAAUAUGAAAACCUUCUUGAUGUUGGUGUGAUAGACCCUGCUAAAGUAACGAGGUGUGCACUGCAAAAUGCUUCUUCUGUUGCCGGUAUGGUUCUGACAACCCAGGCAAUUGUUGUAGAAAAGCCUAAACCGAAAUCUGCAGCUCCUGCAAUGCCAGGAGGUAUGACCAUUUAGACAUUUAAUUUAGAAUGUUGAAAAAUAGAAGUGGGAACUGGGUGUAUGUUUCCACUCACUGAAACAUUCAAGUGCUUCUCAGAAGAUGAGAGGCUUCUCAAUUUUGGGAGAGAAUAUAAUAUAUACAAAUCAUUUGUGAUUUGUGUAGCAAGAGAAUUAUUAGAGUAUUCGAAAGCAAUCAAUUAUCCUUACUGGUGGUCUCAUUGUUAUUCCCUGUAUUCCUAGUUUCCUACAGAUUCAUGAACAUUUAGUUUCACUUGAAGGCACAUGGUCUUGCAAUAAAAAAAUUACUGCUUGGUGAGAGGUUUA